AUGUCUGAUUCUCAUUUGCAUGAUGGUGAUGUUGACUAUGAGUCUCUACCACCAAACUCUCCCUUAUAUCAUCAAUUACUUGCAGGUGCAUUUGCGGGUAUAAUGGAACAUUCUGUAAUGUUCCCCAUAGAUGCUUUAAAGACACGAAUACAGUCUACUGCAACAAUUGGUAAUAUAACCAAAUCUUCAAAUUUAAAGAAAGGAACAGGUUUAUUGUCACAAAUUGCUAAAAUAUCUUCAGCGGAAGGUUCUUUUGCAUUAUGGAAAGGUGUUCAAUCCGUAAUAUUAGGUGCAGGUCCAGCUCAUGCAGUGUAUUUUGGUACAUAUGAAAUUUGCAAAAAAAAAUUAAUUAAAGAAGAAGAUUUAUUUACUUAUCAACCUUUAAAAACAGCUUUAAGUGGAGCAGCUGCCACUACAGCAUCCGAUGCAUUAAUGAAUCCAUUUGAUACGAUAAAACAAAGAAUGCAAUUAAAUCCACAAGCAAAAGUAUGGCAAAUUGCUAAUACGAUAUAUAAAACAGAAGGUUUUAAAGCAUUUUACUAUUCUUAUCCAACAACUUUAGCAAUGAAUAUCCCUUUUACAGCAUUAAAUUUUGUCAUUUAUGAAUCAUCAACAAAUUUUUUAAACCCAACUCAUUCUUAUAAUCCUUUUAUUCAUUGUAUUUGUGGUGGUUUAAGUGGUACUCUAUGUGCCGCUAUUACAACUCCUUUGGAUUGUAUAAAGACAGUUUUACAAGUAAGAGGAAGUGAUACUGUAACAUUACCUAUAUUAAAACAAGCAGAUACAUUUAAGAAAGCUACUAAUGCUUUAUUACAAGUUUAUGGAUGGCGUGGAUUUUGGAGAGGUUUAAAACCAAGAAUUAUUGCUACAAUGCCUGCUACAGCAAUUUCUUGGACAGCUUAUGAAUGUGCAAAACAUUUCUUAACUACAACAACUCUUUAA